ACACAGGAGGACCUCUCGAGAGCAAGAGUACCAAAGGAUUCGUGGACGCACGGAACGCAUUUUGAGUGCGCACACGCUCACUGAGCGAGAGGAGAGAAAAUUCAUAAGAGAGCAGCGUAUAAUUGAAAGCGCGCGUCCAGUUUUGUGCACGAGCAAAGGAAAUCGGCGUGCGAGCGGAGAGAUUCGCGCGCUCGUAUGACAAGAAUGCGCUCUCGCCUUGUAAUAAUGCGCUCGCGACAUUUGUCAUUAUAAUAACGCCAUAUUACCGCACUUAUCCGAACCGCAGAUGGCGUGACAACAGUCACCAUGAAUGCUUGAGACUUGAGGGCAGUGGCAACUUUUACAAGUCUUCCGUGUUGGUUUGUUUUUCCUUUCAUUCUAUAAACAAAUAGUUGAGCCAAUCAGAGUAAAGUAAAAUGUCACCUGACAGAUGUGGGCUGAUCGCUCCCGCACACUGUACAAAGCGCCUUGUGGGCAAAUGUAACAGCAGGAAGGAAGAAUAAACCUUAAGAGCUUUGUAGACACAAAGCCGACAGGUACGAGUAGAGUAUUACAUUUAAUCGGAAUUGUUAGCUUUGUUGCCUUAGGUGGACUGAUUACGUGAUCUGUUUUGAGUUACACGUAGAGUAUUCGCUUAAUUUUAGUGCUGCUGAAGUUUGGAGUUUUUCCCUUCACAUUCGACUUUCCCUUUGAACUUACGUGCAUGCGACACUAUGCUCGCUUAUUUACACAGCUGCGACAAACAAUGGUUCAAGCCAAAACUUGGGUCCUAAAACAUCACUUUGAAGGAUUUCCUAAGGACGGCGACUUCGAGCUGAAAGUAGUGGAGCUCCCUGACUUUAAAGAUGGAGAGGUUCUUCUGGAGGCUGUGUUCCUCAGUGUGGACCCGUAUAUGCGACCAUACAGUCAUGUUCGAAUGCAGGCUGGAGAUGUCAUGAUUGGAACUCAAGUGGCCAAGGUAACUCAGAGUAAUAAUCCUGCAUUUCCAGUGGGCUGUCAUGUGGUUGGUCGAUGUGGCUGGAGAACACAUACUGUGUCAGAUGGGAGUGAUAUCACACGAGUUUUGGCUGACUGGCCUCAGGAUGUCUCCCUCUCACAUGCUCUUGGAGCCAUUGGGAUGCCAGGGCUGACUGCACUCUAUGGUUUGGAAGAGGUCUGUGCCAUCAAACCAGGAGAAACGUUACUGGUGAAUGCAGCCGCAGGAGCAGUGGGCUCUGUAGCGGGUCAGAUAGCCAAACUUAAAGGCUGCAGGGUUGUGGGCUCAGCUGGUGCUGAUGACAAGGUGGCAUACCUGAAAGAGCUGGGCUUUGACCAGGCUUUUAACUAUAAGACCGUCUCCUCGCUGGAGGAGGCACUGAAGAACGCUUCACCUGAAGGAUAUGACUGCUACUUUGAGAAUGUUGGUGGUCACUUUUCCAGUGUUGCUAUUCAACAGAUGAAGACUUUUGGCCGUAUUGCUGUGUGUGGAGGAAUAUCCCUGUACAAUGUCACCACCCCUCAGACAGGACCUUAUCCACACCUAACCAUGAUCUUUAAGCAGCUGAAAAUGGAAGGUUUCUUGGUGGGUAGGUGGGAACAUAAAAAUGAAGAGUCACUGAAGCGAAUGUUGACCUGGAUGCAGGAGGGAAAGCUGAAGUGCAGAGAGCAUGUUACUGUUGGGUUUGAAAAUAUGCCUGCUGCAUUCAUGGGGAUGCUGCGAGGGGAAAACAUAGGGAAGGCCAUUAUUAAAGUCUGAUGCGAAGUCUUUCAGCUUCAUGAAACAACAAUCAUAACAAUCUGUUAUUGGUUUUGCAUUAUUAACUAUAUUACCAUGUUAGCAGUUGUGGUAAUGUCUACAGUGCUGAAUUCUGUAUUAUAAAUUAAAGUGUCUUAUAUUUUGUAUUGUAAUGAUUUUCACAUUUCCGUUGAUCUUUAGGAUACAGAGACACAGCAAUAGUGCCAUUUAAAUCUUUUAAUUUUGCCUAAUGCAAUUUAAUGUGGGAAAAUAAUUAUUUAGCUUCAUCAAAUUUGGUUGAAAUAAAUUUACUGUUUUAAGCAAGUGUUUUGUGUUUUAAGAUUGUUUUAUCUAUUUUUUAUACUCCAAUGUAAAACUGUAAGUAAAAUCUGCCCUACUAGCCCAUCAAUUAUAAGCAAUAUUUAAUUUAUAUAAUGUAUUACUAUUUUUUAUUUUGUCAUAAAAAGUUAUUGGAUCAAGCAAUAAGUUGUGGAAAGGGGUUCCUGACCUGUCAAGUUCCCGCAAAUGUUGAUGAACAUUAAAACAACUGAUCCAGA